AUGACGACGUUUGAGAGCCAUCCCGAUUUUACUCUGUUUCCGUUCCAGUCUCGGUCAAAGAUGAUGGCCCUCGAAGCUACAAGGUCUAAACAACCUUCAUACUUCGAUCCCAUGACCAUGGACCCUUCAAUGUUUUCCUUCCCCAUGGAGAAUAUCCCUCAAUACGGCCAAAAUCACGAAAUGGUCCAUGCUUCAAAUUCCUACUAUGAUACCCAGUUGUUCGAGUCCGCGGAACCCCAAAAGCCUACAUAUUUCUCUACAGUUCCACCUACACCUCCUUCGCUGCACGCCUCUCACUCCGAGGAGUCUUAUAUGCCCGCCCCAUCUGCUGCAUCGGGGCCAUCCAUCGCCAGCGCACCUUCUUCCGCCAUGGGUUCGCCAUACUCGGGAGCCACUCAUACCUUCCAGGAGAAUUGGGUGAAUACAAAUCAUGGGUUGGGUUUGCCGGUUGCGGUGAUGAAUGACCUCUUGCCUCAAGAGUAUAUGGGCAAUCCGGCAGACCUAGAUAUGCUUUACCAAGAGAAGUUCCCGGACUCGUUCGUCGACCCCUCGUUAAUCCAACCGGAACAACAAAGCGCUGGAGUUACCCCGACUAUCUCAUAUCUAGAACAGUCACACUCUUCCUACUCAAAUGUGCCUUCAAAUUACUUGCGAAACUCUCCCGCACUGUCGCCGCUCCCCGACACCGUGGCGCAUCAUCCUUCGCCACGUUCAUACCCAGCACAACAUAUCGGGCAGUCUCCUCUGAUGGCACCACACGGCUCACAUUCCCGACCAGUCUCAAUCUAUGAUAGACGAUCCUCAAUUUCUUCAAUUCACUCUCGGCGCUCGCGACACAGCCCAGCGCUAAGCAGCAUUGAAGGUGAUGAAGAGACCAGAGAGAAAGGGCGCUGCCCUCACCCCGAUUGCGGUCGGGUAUUCAAAGAUCUGAAAGCUCAUAUGUUGACACAUCAGUCAGAACGGCCAGAAAAGUGUCCAAUUCUGAACUGCGAGUAUCAUAUCAAAGGCUUCGCCCGUAAAUACGACAAGAACCGCCACACUUUGACCCACUACAAAGGAACAAUGGUAUGCGGUUUCUGCCCUGGUUCCGGCUCUUCUGCGGAAAAGAGCUUCAACCGCGCCGAUGUCUUCAAGCGUCACCUCACCUCCGUUCACGGCGUGGAGCAAACCCCUCCAAACUGCCGAAAGCGCAGCCCGGAUGCCGCCAAGAAGGGCACAAACUACAGCCCUGAUGCAACAGGGAAGUGCUCGACCUGCUCCUCGACCUUCAGCAACGCACAGGACUUCUACGAGCACUUAGAUGACUGCGUCCUCCGCGUUGUGCAGCAAGAAGAACCCUCCGAGGCGAUCAAUCAGCAGCGUCUGGCGGAGGUUGCCUCGGACGAUGAUGUCAAGAAGACCAUGGAAAAGCACCAACUCAACGACGUGGCUGGCCCCGUCGAUCAAUUCGACGAUUACGAAGACCAAGACGAAGAUGACUCCCUCGAUCCCUCCACCUGGCGCGGCCUGAACACCAAAACCAAAUCCUCCAAGAGUAACAUCCCCUCCUCUCGCCCCAUCAUUGGCUCCGGCAACGCCAUCUCCAAGAACUCCAAACCCGCCCGCGCUGUUGCAACCCGCCGCCGCAACAACCGCGGUAACUACCCCCAGUCCUGGGGCUGCCCCAACAGCAGCAUGAAGACCAAGAAGCGCGUGCUGUGCGUCUUCGAUGGCCAGCGCCGUCUGUGGAAAGACGAGAUGAUGCUCAACAAUGAGUUCGAGGUGCGCUUGAGACUCCCCGGUGGCGCAGGCGACGGUACCAACCGCGAUGCCUACGUCACUGAUCUGGACGUCGAGACGUUGAAGCGCGCAGAGGGUGUCUUGAAUGCCAGCGCGGAAGAGCGUGGCCCUUGGAUGGAUGGUCCUUUGCCUUAUAUGAUGGGCCAGCCGGCGAUGCUAUUGCCGGAACUGUUCCAGCCGAAUGAUGAUGAGGUUUCGCUCAACGAAUUAAUGGCUUAA